AUGUGUAAAAUAUAAUUAAAGCUAUAAUUCAGUUUAUGGGAUUGUUUAAGAGGGGAAAGUUUCCCAGUAUUAGGAAGCUUACAGUAGUUAACCUCACAGAGUGAAGUAGGAAGAGUGAUCAGUGUUUUCCGGUGCUUCAUUUAUUUUUCCUGAGUGUCCACAUUAAAGAUAAUAUGGAAACUGAAAAAGGUUUCUUAAAAAAUACCCAACAGUGAAAAUCCAUUAUAUUUUCUUGCAUUUGUAACUCCUAAGAAAUGUAGGUAAAUUUGUUAAAAAAUAGACCCUUGCCAGGAGGGGGAAUGUGAAGGGGGAAAGUCCAAAAACCAAACAUUGCAUGAUAGUCUUUAAGCAGUUCCAUCUGUCCAGCAGAAAUUUCAGGCUAAUAGCCUGUGGUGUUUUAGUCGGCUGCCUCGCUCCCCUACCUGACUCUGUCCUAUUAAACCUCUCCACUCUGAAAAAAGACACGAUAGAAGGAAAAGAACUUGUGCAGACCUAAGUCAGCUCGAUGGUGGUGAAGGCAAAGAUGGGGAGGAUGAUGAUCAUGAAGAAACAUUCCUAAUUAAGGAGGGAAAAAGGAACCCAGACACCCAGUGAUGUGGAAAAAGGGCUCAGCAUUGCUGUGUUGGUUUUUUAAGGACAGCUUGCUCUCAGAGCAGAUGACUGUUGCUCACCUUGCCACGGGGUCUGCGUGAGAUUGGUUCAUUGUCAGGGUUUUUUUUUUUUUUUUUUUUUACCCAUGAUUCCAUAUGGUAUGGAGCGGGCUACAUGUUGCCCAACAUGCCAGUGCAAAUGUUUUCUCAAUUAGGUGUCUUAUCUCCGGUGAGUGCGCUAGCAUCAGAUGAAGCUUGCUGACAGCGUAAUGGCAGCUAAAACCUCGGAAGGCUCCGUCAAAUGGCAGCUCUGCUACGACAUCUCGGCCAGGACCUGGUGGAUGGACGAGUUCCACCCGUUCAUCGAGGCGCUGCUCCCGCAUGUGCGAGCGUUCGCCUACACCUGGUUCAACCUGCAGGCCCGCAAGAGGAAGUACUUCAAGAAGCAUGAGAAGCGCAUGUCCAAGGACGAGGAGCGUGCCGUGAAGGAUGAACUGCUGGGCGAGAAGCCCGAGGUCAAGCAGAAGUGGGCGUCGCGCCUGCUGGCCAAGCUGCGCAAGGACAUCCGGCCCGAGUUCCGCGAGGACUUUGUGCUCACCGUGACGGGGAAGAAGGCGCCGUGCUGCGUGCUUUCCAACCCCGACCAGAAGGGCAAGAUGAGGAGGAUCGACUGCCUCCGGCAGGCGGACAAGGUGUGGCGUCUGGACCUGGUCAUGGUGAUUUUAUUCAAAGGUAUCCCCCUCGAAAGUACUGACGGCGAGCGGCUGGUUAAAUCGCCGCAGUGCUCGAACCCAGGGCUGUGCGUGCAGCCCCAUCACAUAGGAGUUUCCGUAAAGGAGCUGGACCUGUACCUGGCCUAUUUUGUACACGCAGAAACAGUGCAGUCUGAAAGUCCAAACCAGCCCAGUGAGGGGGACAUUAAGGACCAGCCAGAAAAUGGACACCUGGGCUUCCAGGACAGCUUCGUCACAUCAGGUGUCUUCACCGUCUCCGAACUCGUGCGAGUCUCGCAAACCCCUAUCGCAGCAGGGACAGGACCCAACUUUUCUCUGGCAGAUCUGGACAGCUCCUCGUACUACAGUAUGAGUCCAGGAGCUAUGAGGAGACCUCUGCCCAGUACUUCUUCUAGCAGUUCUGCGAAGCGUAUUAAGUGUAUGGAGGAGGAGGUAGACAGCCCUGGGGAGGAGCCCUACUACCCCGCUCAGGGCCGGUCCCCAGGCAGUGGAAGCCAAGCUAGCAGCUGGCACGAAGUGGAGCCAGCCGGAUAUAAACUGCGUGGCUCGCUAGCUAGUUCGUUCAUCUCAAGACAAGGGAUGCCAUCGCCCACCACAUUAAAGAAGGCAGAGAAGUCUGGGUUCAGCGGCCCUGUGGCGGUGCAGACUGCCUCUCCCCGAACGGCAUUCACACACCACCAUCGGCCAGUCAUUACAGGACCCAGAGCGAGUCCUCAUGCCACGCCAUCCAGUCUUCACUUCCCGACGUCUCCGAUCAUCCAGCAGCCGGGCUCCUACUUUUCCCACCCUGCCAUCCGAUACCAUCCGCAGGAGACGCUGAAGGAGUUUGUCCAACUUGUCUGCCCAGACAGUGGUCAGCAAGCUGGACAGGUGGGCUUCCUGAACCCCAAUGGGAGCAGUCAGGGGAAGGUUCACAACCCGUUUUUGCCCACCCCCAUGUUGCCCCCACCCCCACCCCCACCCAUGGCCCGGCCUGUUCCGCUGCCCGUGCCAGACUCCAAGCCCCCCUCCACCUCGGCUGAGGGAGGGAGCAACUCCCCCACUUCUCCAACCUACUCCACACCGAGCACGUCCCCUGCUCAGCGUUUUGUCAGCGUGGGCCCCAGAGACCCCAGCUUUGUAAAUAUCCCUCAGCAGCCUCAGUGGUACCUGGGCUAAAGACUCCCGCGUCCGACUGGCCGCACCUGAGCUCAGUUCCCUCCCACUGUCUCCCUUGAGUGUGACCCGCAACCAUGACGACCGAUGUGUCUCAGCAGGAGCCACCCACUGGCCCUGCAGCUGACAGCCCCACCGCAUGGCUACAGCAGAAGCUGCCCUGUUCUGGAACCUCCAUCACCACCUCCACCCGCUUCCACCCACCCACUAUAUAUCUAUAUAGCCCAUAUGUAUUCCUCCAGUUGUAUGGUUUCUAUGCCUAUAUUCAUAUAUAGUAACUGUCCAGCUCUUCUCUCUUCCAGAGGUUGAGCUUGACAAAGGAGAGCUCUGAUUUAUUGGGAAACAUGCAUGCUUUUUGGUUUUUCGCUGUUUUGUUUUUUUGUUUUCUUUCCGGUUCACCCUCUCAGCCAGAGAAGGAAAAAAUAAUGUGACACAAUCGAAGAGCUUCCUUCAGUGACUGUAGCCGAGCUCGCCGCGAGAGCCCCGUCCCGUGUGGAGCGUAGCGAGGGGUCGAGGGCGACCCCCUCAGCCAGCACCUCCACCUCCCCCUGCCCGUGUUCGGCCGGACCUGACGGAGCUGGUGUUUCGGGCGGAGUCUUGUUUCCGCUGACAAUGGCUGACUUCGGGCCGAGGUUUGGCCUGGAUUGGAGAGCACCAGCUAAAACCUCCCUCUCGACUCAUUAGUCCCCUCUGGCCAGGGCGGGCUCAUCUCUGGCCCCACCCACCUCCUGCAUCGACGCCUUCACCCCAGAAGCGCUCUGUGGACUUCACGUGCCGAAGGACAGGAACUAAAAGAAAGGCUCCUCCCCCUUCAGGUUUUCUGUGCCACAGGGCACGGUGCGAAGAUCCAGCGGCGGCCGUGUUUGAUUCUGGUCAACCAGGUGAAUUACAUGAGCUCAAAAUGGCUAUGAAGUUAAGCAUUCAAAUGGGAGAUUUGUUUGUUUGUUUGUUUUUGUUUUUUGAGAAAAGAGAAAGGUCUCCUGCUCAGGAGGCAUGUUCAUAUUUUGUUCUUGUGUAGAGUCCUUCGCAUUGUUGCUGAAUGCCCUAUCUAAAGGUCUGUGUAACACUAGAGAGUCUGAGCUUCCCGUAGCUGACACGACAUCACACAACCACGACUGGAGGAACACGGUGGAAUUUUGAUUUGAGGAAAGUGCAAUUUUGUUGGAUAGCUGUCGGAUUGUUAAAUAUCUUUGUAAGAUAGAUUGUCGCAACGAUUGUUGAAAAGUAUAUAUAUAUAUUUUCUUCCUAGUCCGUUCACACCUCUGGGACUCUAAAAUAUCGGGGGUACAAAAAAAUAGAGAACAAAUAGCCUUGUGCAAACUAAGGGGGGCUGUACCUGCUUUUCAUGUUCUUAUGUUUGCUCAUUUGUAGAUUUGUUAGCAUUGUUUUGUUAGAACAAAUAUCCCUUUAAGAAAUAUUGCCAUUUAAACAAUCAAUUUUUAAACAUUCUGGACACCUGGACAAGUUGGACAAGUUGCUGUGCUAGUCAAGUCUCCAAAACACUACGCUAACUCACUUAUUUUACCGAAGCACAUAAUCAUGGAGCUGCAGCCGUCCUCAAACCCUCAUCAGGCAGCAGCAAGUUUUGUCACAAAGCCCCAUUUGCCUCCAGAAGCCCACCACCGUUCUGCAGGAACCCGUAGGAGAUCUCAGAACAGGAGGGCAAGCCGCAGGUCGCCAUAGGUGUGGUACAACGCAUGUCGUGUUGGGCGUGUGUUGGGCGGCCUUCCUUGUGCCUGUGUGGUCAGUGCUAGACUCGAGACAGCCACUCGACGACAACUUCCUCUGUAAACUUUAUGAAAGUGUUACAUUCAAAAAAAGAAAGAAAAAAAUGUGAAAAACAAAUGUAAUCAAACAAUAAUGCAACCAGAGAGCAAAGCUUUUUUUUAAUUGUUCAUUUGCUUUCCAUGAAUCCUUUAUUCUUUAUUCGACUUUUGGUUCUGAUUUAUACUUCCUGCCGUACAUAUAUAACACAACGGAUUCACUCAUCAUAGAUCAAGUCUCAAAAUUAAAAAGGCAAUCAAAAAAUGUAAAAGAAAAAAAAAUAUGCAUGUUCUAGUGUUAGUGACAAAUUUUUACAUAGAUUAUGUAGAGUUAAAGUAGUGUGAAUAAAGAUCACGAUAUUGUAAUCCCAACACCAGGCACUUGCCAAUAGAUUAUUUGUUUGGUCCCUUAGAAAAGGGUCUUUUUACUGCUGUCCUCACAAUCAACCAGCUAAACGUCUCUGCGCCUCCUCAGCACCUCCUCCUCUCUGAUUUCUCCUCGUCUGCGUCCCUCCCUAAACAAUCAUUGUUUUGGCCCUCACCACUCUCAAACAAAGUUUUCCAGUUUCUCCUCUCAAAUUGCACGAAAACAAUUGUUCCUCAUCGAUGUGCCUUGAGCUGUGGUCUAGUCCUGAGUUGAUGCACAAGUUGCAAUAUGGAGAAUUAGAUGUAUUAUUUAUUUACCCCCCACGCCACGCCACGCCACGCCUCCAGCUCUUUACCAACCACCUCCUGCUGUGUAGGAAAGUGGACAGUGAAACAGAGGCUAAUGCUAAUAAUGUGAGCUAACAGGAACACACGGAGGAUUACAGCUGUUUCCUUCCCUCCCUGUUGCUCCGGGCUCACCAUGCAGCGUUCUGGUGCUGUAAGGGACUCCAGAUCCAGCCUCGAUCUCGUGGUGCUGUUGAGUCCGGUGUCAGUCUCCCUGUGGCCCUCAUUAGCCGCACAGUGAGUAGGAAGUGUAGACGUUUAUUAGUGGAACUAUUAGUCAUCAACCCCAGGGCUCCUCCAUGACCCUUAUUCUGUAGUGUUAACACUCGUAUCGAUAUUUAUGGAUGUUGCUGCAAUUUCUGAAUGGAAACUACUUUUUUCUUUUUGUCUUCCUGUUUUCGUUCCCAGAACAGUAAGGAAAAAAAACAUUAAUAUGCAAAUACUUGCUUGCACUCAUGUGGGAUCUUCACUAGUCGUUGUUGUUGUGUGUGUGUGUGUGUGUGUGUGUGUGUGUGUUUUCUCUUUUUUACUUUUUUUUUUUACCAAAGUUAGUGUUGCACUUGGUGGGCUGGAAAGCAGACGUGUGUCCUUGUGCGCCAAAGCCCAGUGCAGGAGGCUUGAGGAGGCUUGAGGACCCAUGUCCACUUUAGCCUUGACUAUGGGCUCCAUACACAUGACCAUUCAUAUAUUACAACCUGUUGCUUGCUUGCUUUCAUUCGUUAGUUUUCUAUCUGGUCACAAGCAAGCCUUAAAACAAGGAAUCUUCCUCCAACAAUCCAUAUUUUUAGCAUACAGAAUGAGUUUUGAAAAUGACUAGGAUAAAGAAUAUGCCCACUUUUGUGUACAUUUUCACAAACUUCCAUGUUAUAUUAACCGUUUACCUGUUUUUUGUCUUUUACACACACACACACACACACACACACACACACACACACACACACACACAUAUAUAUAUAUAUAUAUAAAACAAAAAGAAUUUAAAUAUGGGGAACAAUUCCCAGGCAUCUGACGUGAUGGUAGUUACACUUGUGUGGGUUGUUUUUUUUCUCUUUUUAAUUAGUGUGAUAAUUUAGUUGAUUUCAUUGUUCUUGCCUUGCCUUUAGUAAUGAGGUGGGCACGACUUUCUUAAUUAUCUGCAUUAAACAUAAUGACAAAUUGUGAGAACAAAAACAACAAACAAAAAAACCAGCCCCAGAGCUGACAGGAAUGAUGGGAUACACCAGAGGGUUUUGUUGGGGUUUUUUCUUUGGUCACAAAACCUUGUUUGGAGCAGCCUCACAUCUGAUCAGCAAGAUAUUUGGCUGUGCGUGUAAGAUAAUGACAAAAUUGCACCCUUUUUAAAGAAAGACAAAAAAGAGAAAAAUAAUAUAAAAGCAAUAGUUUGGGCAGUCUGUUCUGUUGUGUGUGGUUUUGGGGGGGUUGGGGGUUUUGUUUGUUGGUUUUGUUUUUUGUCUUGUUUUUUGGAGGGGGGUAAUGAAAUGGAGUUGUGGGGAGAAUACGAUCAAAUCUAAUUCAGAGAGAGGAGAAGCCAGGAAGCUGGUGAGUGGGGCAAUCUGUCGUUUGUAUAUUGUAUAGUUUUAUUAAUUACACUGAUUUUAAAGCUGCCCUAUUUUAUAAUGCAGGACUUUUGUAACAUUGAUUAAAUGAGGAAAAAGUAGUGUUGUGAAUUUUCUCAUGGUUUGUAAUAAGGCCACAUUAAUAGAUCUGGUUUUGUUUGUUCUCCAGGGAACUGGAUUUAAGUUUAAAACACCUGUUUCCUGAUUUCAUUUUCCCUUUUGCUUUUCUUUUUUUGUAUGUAUUUAAGACUUUGUUCUUCUUUUAAUGCUAUAGAGUAUUCCUAUACUUGAAAAGUAUACGGUAUUGAGGUGAAAGCCCCAUUGUAAAUGGAUGUUACAAGUAUGCUUGCUGUAUGUUUUGAAGGUUCCUUGUUGCAUCAGUGUUGAUGAAGCUAAAUCUAGGUAAUUCUGAGGAUGUUGGUAAGAAAAGAGAGCGUUUUUAUGCAUUUUAAAAUUAGUUUUAGGCAGAAGACAAUGACAUAGACAGCCAAAGGAUGCCCCUAUUAUAAAUGCAUCUAGGCAUCUUUUUUUGUGUUCACCAUUCCAUGCAGGAAAAUAAACAGCUUGAUAUGCAA